AGACCUUUAAUGCGAACCGUUAACCUUCCAGUCACUCUGGACACCCGGUUCGUUCUCAACCAUGAACGAACAUGGAACAGCGCAAGAUGAACUCAUCAACGAAGAAACGCCUCUUAUCCCUCAAAAACGACAGCAAACACCUCUUGACCACUCUCAACUGGCUGUCCUCUAUUUCAUGCAGAUAUGUGAACCAAUGAUGAGCCAGUCUAUUUAUCCAUACAUCAAUCAGCUCGUCAGCGAAUUGGACAUAACGGGAGGGGAUGAGAAGAAAGUAGGUUAUUAUGCAGGACUUAUAGAAUCAUUGUUUUUCAUAACAGAAGCUUUAACUGUCUUGCAUUGGAGUCGAACGUCCGACUACAUUGGCCGCAAACCUGUGUUGCUGUUAGGGCUCAUAGGUAGCGCGGUGUCGAUGCUUUGCUUUGGCUUGUCUCGUACUUUCUGGACUCUAGUUGCGAGUCGCUGUCUUACAGGACUGCUGAACGGAAACAUAGGUGUCAUGAAAAGUACUAUGGGUGACCUGACAGACAACACAAAUAGAGCUGAGGGCUUUGCCAUGUUGCCUGUCGUAUGGUCUGUAGGUGCCACACUUGGACCUCUUCUAGGAGGUACUUUUGCUCGACCUCAAGAUAGAUUUCCCAAUGUAUUCAAAGGCCGCUUCUGGAGGGAUUUCCCAUAUUUUAUGCCCUGUCUCGUAGUGUCGAGUUAUAUCUUCACCGUCGCCGUGAUUGCUAUAGCCUUUCUAAAGGAGUCGGCUCCCAGACAACGACGACAACGUACGGCUUCGACUGAUUCCGAGGAUACAAUCGCUCCUGAAGCAGAAACGAACACAAAAGACGAACCACUCCCUCUCCGCCAGCUCCUCGUAUACCCAGUUAUAAUAUCCAUAUCCAACUACGUGUCCCUGGCUUUUCUGAGCAUUGCAUUCUCUGCCCUUCUCCCACUCUUCCUUGCCAUGCCUAUCUCCAUAGGUGGAUUGGGCUUAUCUCCCGCCGUCAUCGGAUACAUUAUCGGUGGUUACGGAGCGGCCACGGGGAUCUUUCAAUUCUUCUAUUUCGCACAAAUUCUGCGAUGGUUGGGCGAAAGAAGGAUGUUUUUGAAUGGAAUCGGGACUUUUGUCGCGUUGUUCGCUGCGAUGCCGCUAUGUAACGUGUUUGCGAGGCGGAGUGGGGAGGUUGAUGCGGCUUGCUGGGCGGUUAUUGGAGUUAUUGUUGUAUUGUCAGUGAUCAUGGACAUGGCUUUUGGUGCUAUUUUCAUGUUCAUCACCUCUUCAUCACCGAACGAAAGCUCAUUGGGAGCAACGAACGGUCUGUCGCAGACCGUGGUCUCUAUCGCUCGAGCGGUGGGUCCUGCGAUGGCUACCUCGUUGUUCUCCUUUUCCGUUCAGGAGAAUAUCCUUGGUGGGUAUGCCGUCUACGCCUUGUUUUGUGGGUUGUCUGUCGCAGGGGUGUUUUUGGGGACUAGAUUACCGAAGAGGAUGUGGGAUGAUCAGAGUGAGGGUUAGAGUUGUUUUCUGAGGUUAUACAAUGAAACCACUUUUGGACGAAUCUUUAUCCUUGUUGGCCGCAACUCUUAGUGCGAAAUACCUGGCUCUGUACGUAGGCCGACUUCGGUCGAGUGGACGAACGAUAAGCAUGGGCCUGCGGCAUCAUUCAGGGGAAAGCCUUCCUCCGUCUCGAUGGUUUACGGAUUGACCAUCAUGUCCUCCUCUUCAACAGCGGAAUGAUGAUUGAGACCUGUUC